AUGAUGGAGACGUCUAAUCGUGUCAGCAUCGCCAUGAUGGAAGAUAUCGGUACCAACGGGGUGGCCGGGUCAAAGGUCGGACCGGCCGUGGACCGAAACAGCCAGCGGUGCGGCGCCGCCGUGAGCUUCCACAGCAUCCAGUACAGAGUGCAGCUGAAGAGCGGCUUGUUCUGCAAGAGGAAAAUCACUUCCAGGGACAUUCUGCUGGACCUCAAUGGGAUUAUGAAACCUGGCCUGAAUGCGAUCCUCGGACCCACAGGAAGUGGAAAAUCUUCAUUCUUGGAUAUUCUGGCAGCACGGAAGGAUCCCUCUGGUCUCUCAGGGGAGGUCCUGAUUGAUGGAGCGCCGCAGCCUCCCAAUUUCAAGUGCCUCUCCGGAUAUGUGGUUCAGGACGACGAGGUGAUGGGCACGCUGACGGUCAGGGAGAAUCUGCGUUUCUCUGCAGCCCUGCGUCUGCCCGGCUCCGUGCCGCAGAGUGAAAAAGAGGCUCGCGUCAGUCACCUCAUCAAAGAGCUGGGGCUCACCAAAGUGGCAGACUCCAAGGUGGGCACAGCAAUGACACGAGGAGUCUCAGGAGGAGAGAGGAAGAGGACGAACAUCGGCAUGGAGCUCAUCAUCGACCCUGCGGUCCUCUUCCUGGACGAACCGACCACCGGCCUGGACGCCAGCACUGCCAACUCCGUCCUCCUGCUGCUCAAGAGGAUGGCCAACCAUGGAAGAACCAUCAUCAUGUCCAUCCAUCAGCCUCGCUACUCCAUCUACAGACUGUUCGACACUCUGAGUCUCCUGGUCGGAGGGAGGAUGGUCUACCACGGGCCAGCGCCGAAUGCCUUGGACUACUUUGCUAACAUUGGUUAUCCCUGUGAGCCCCACAACAAUCCAGCUGACUUCUUCCUGGAUGUGAUUAACGGAGACUUCACAGCCGCGAGCAGAGCCAACGGCUCUGAAGAUCUGGACUUUGAGGAGCUGAGCCGCUCCAGGCAGAGCAUCGUGGAGCGCCUUGUGGACGAGUACAGGAACAGCUCUUACUGUGGCGAAACGCGAGCCGAGCUGGAGCGCAUCCUCCAGGAUAAGGAGGUCACGACCCGCCCCGCGUCCUGCACCAUCACCUACAACAGCUCCUUCUUUCACCAGCUGCAGUGGGUACUCAAGAGAACCUUCCAGAACCUCAUGUUGAGCCCCCAGAUUUCUGUGGCACAGGUGACGGUCCACAUUUUCCUCGCCCUCAUUGUCGGAGCUAUUUUCUUCGGAGUCAAAGAUGAUCAGAGUGGGAUCCAGAACAGGAUGGGUGCUCUCUUCUUCAUCACCACCAACCAGUGCUUCAGCACUGUGUCUGCAGCCGAGCUCUUCAUCACUGAGAGGAAGCUCUUUGUGCAUGAGUACGUCAGCGGUUACUACAGAGUGUCGGUCUACUUCCUCGCUAAGAUCCUGGCUGACAUCAGUCUGCGCAGCCUCACCUCCAUCAUCUUCGGCUGCAUUGUUUAUUAUUUGAUUGGACUAAAGGCCUCAGUAGAAGCUUUUUUGGUUUUCAUACUGACGGUGACCCUUGUGGCCUACACCGCCACGGCCAUGACCAUGGCCAUCUCUGCCGACCAGAGCGUUGUGGCGCUUGCCAACAUUUUCAUGACCAUCACAUUUGUCUUCAUGAUGAUUUUUUCGGGCCUCCUGGUGAACUUGCCCAGCAUCAUGGACUGGUUGGCCUGGCUCAAGUACUUCAGUAUUCCUCGCUACGGUCUGGCGGCUUUGCAGAUCAAUGAAUUUGUGGAUCUGAAGUUCUGCGAGGAGGCUGUGAUUCGCAACUUCAACACGUCAGGAGCAGUCAGCAACUGCAGCGUGAACGCAGCCGGACUGACAUGUACAGGCGAGCAGUACCUGGACUAUCUGGGGAUAGAGUACACCUCGUGGGGACUCUGGGAGAAUCACGUAGCUCUGAUUGUAAUGGCGCUCGUAUUUCUUAUCAUUGCCUAUCUGAAGCUCCGCUACAUCAAGAAGUUCACUUAA